GGCAAGUGGAGUGGCGCGACUGGCGUCGUACGUGCGUCGUACGCCCGUGUGGGCAGUGUUGGCCCGUGUGGUAACCUUUCAUUUCUUGUCGCGCAGAGCGAGCAGCGCACAGCGCAGAGAGGAGCGUCGCGCAGCCGAACCGCCGAGCCCUCCUCGACACGCACGUAACGCCAGCCGCCCGCCGUUGGGCCGCCGUCCGCCGUCCGCGCGAUGUGCCGCUCAUGAUAAUGACCCGGUCUUGGUGCGCGGAAUCCGGCGGUUGAGCAAACGCGGCGCCCACACAGCCGCCUCCAGCGAGCGAGCGCGUCGGUCCGUCGUCGUCGUGUGCCCCGUGGUUAGUGGGGUGUUGUGUGUGCACGCGCGCGCGCCCCCGUGUGUGCGUGUGUAUCGUUCCUUCUUCGUGCGCGACCUGGUGCCGUUGCGAAACGGAAAACAAUCACGCUGGCGACGAACAACAGCGACAGCAAAUCGAACAUGGCCUCGUCCGCCAAGAUCCUGCAGACGAACUCGGCCUGGUUCCAGAAGAAGAUCAACCUGCGGCCGCAGCCGGGCGUGCAUCUCGUCACCGAGGAGAUCCUCCGGCAGAUCCCCGAGCUGACGCAGUUCGCCAUGGGGCUGUGUCACGUCCAAAUUCUGCACACGUCGGCGAGCCUGGCGCUCAACGAGAGCUGGGACCCGGACGUGCGGGAUGACAUGGAGAUGAUGCUGAACAAGAUCGUCCCUGAAGGCCUAGCCUACCGGCACUCCUGCGAGGGCCCCGACGACAUGCCGGCGCACGUGAAAGCGUGCUUCCUCGGCUCGUCGCUGACGAUCCCUAUCACGGAGGGCAAGCUGAACCUGGGCACCUGGCAGGGUGUGUGGCUGUGCGAGCACCGCGACCACGCCGGCUCGCGCAAGCUGCUCAUCACGCUGAACGGCUGCCUGCGCGACUCCUCGUGCACGCCUUUAUCGCCCGUCAGCCCGAUGGCCAGCACGAGCAGUUAGGGAAGGAACUCGGGGCAUUCCCUGUCCAAGCACUGAGCCGCCAGGUGCUGGACGCGCGGGAAUCGCCUCGAGUCUAAACGCGAACGAACUGUAUGUAUAGUGGUACUAGUGUCACGCACACACAAACAUGAGACAACAGCCGCCGCCGCCGCCACAGCAGCAGCAGCAGCAGCAGCAGCAACAACAACCGAUUUUCAUGAUUGUAAUAAUGUUAAACAAGCGUCAGCGCAGCGCGGAUGCACCUAAGCAAAACCUACUUAUAACGAUGAUGAUGUAUAACGGUGGAGCGCAUUCAUUAAAGAUAUGGACUUAAAAAAUCUAAUGACAAUAUGUACAUAACGCCUGUGCAUCUAUUAAUUUUAAUAUUGAAAAACUAGUACUGGUGGUUAAGCGAAAGCUUCGUUUUCUUAUCGUUCAUAUCAUCACACACCACACACAGAAACACAACACACACACCUAAGAAACACGACGACGGGUUGCAGAGACGUGCGAAUGUCUUCCCGCCGCCUCCGCACGAACGCGACACAGCUUUGUUCAUUGAAAUCUUGAUCAUGCACGUGUCUAGUUCGUUACAAUCAUGCAUGGGGGUCAUUCUAAUGCUUGUUUGAUGAACAAAGCUGCGCGCAAGAGUGCGGACAUUGAAAGAAGUCCAUCCUCUCAUUGUAUACAACGAUUAUAUUAUAUUAUUGUUACGUUUUUAGUUCGAUCGAUCACCACCCGAAGCUGUAGCACGAAAUUACAUGAACUCACAGGGUACUUGGAUGACACAAACCACACUCACACAAGACACGACACACUAAACAAAUUGACGCAUUGACGUGGAGCGGAACGCAUAUUAGGCAAUUUUAAAUUUUAAACAAACAAAUCGGUAAUUAUUAUAACAACACACACGAAUAUUAUCCAUUACGAUGCACGUUGUUAUUGAGUACACACUGCUGCGCGUGCGUGCGUGUGUUUGGCGACACGCGCACACACCCACACACACAUAGAUAUCAACAAUUUUAUAUUCGACGGUGAAGAGGAAGAAGAAAGUGGCCCCCUAGUAACGAAUAAUCUCACUCACCGAGCAAGAAUCGCUUCGUAGAUGAAUAUUUUUGAGAUUCGCCAAUACUGUUUCCAUCACCACCACCACCACAAAAAUCGCCUCUCCCGCCCGCCAGCCCCACACAAAUCGAUCUUAACUUAAAACAAAAACUUGACGAAAUCUGCGAGAGAGCGAACAUUUUGCUGAUUAAAUAAAUAAUUAUGAAAUAUGCGCGCCUAUCCGUCCCUACUUAUGAUGAUUACGAUGAUGAUGAUGAGAAUGACGAAGCGGAUAUAAAAAAAUGAAAACAAUGUUCACUAAUUAAUAAACAACCUAGUUUGACGUGUUGACGUUGUAAGAUGGCGAAGAUUGGGCAGAAAUUUACAUACUUACAUUUUAAAUAAAUUAUAACAAACCAGCGAUAUUGUAAAUAGUGUAAAAAGGAAACUUUAACUAAACUGGAGCAAAAACGCCGAGGUGGACAGAUGAGACACACAGAAACAUAAACAACACACACACCCCCAUUACUACAAGACGCAGAGAUGUAAUUGAGAUUAAAAUGAAUGAGAAACAAGAAGAAGUUGAAAAAAAACACCAACCGCUUCAUUAUUGUAUCAGAUAAUCAAGUGAAUUGGUGCUACUAGUCCUUACACUUAACAUAUUUUUCGAUUUUUGAUUCUAGAGACACUUCUGAUCGCAAUUAAUUCAUUCAUUCUAAUACCAAAUGAUAAGCAAUGAAAAUAAUGUACAAAUUCCCCAAACUCUCCGAAGAAGUCAUACAAUCUUAUCGCCCUUGCCGCAUUUUCCGCGUAUAUUCGAUUCCUCAUCGCAUCUCUACUCACAGAGCUCACGAAUGCAAUAAAUACGAAGCGAGUUGGUACACGAUUCCAUUUAUUGUUGUCGUUUUGACUUAUUGCUGUUAUCGGGCAUGAAACCGUCUUAAGAUUGUAUCACGUUCUUUUCUGCGCGCACCAUUCUCGUUUCGGUUUUGUAAGAAAGCAAAAAUUAAUAUUAGAAUAUUCUCCGAGGAUGAACGUAGUUCGUAAAAGUGAGAUGCAUGAGUACUAAGCAAAUAAAUGAUGAAUUAAACCAAAUAAUAGGCAAAGCAGAGCAAAACCACAGAGAAUAAAAUUUAAAAAAAAUGAAACACUGAGAUGAAACAUACAUUACUACCAGCUUAACGAUAAAAUGCGAGCAUCGAGUGAGUUGUUUGUCAGUUGUAAAACACUGCCACACGUAAUAAAAACAAAACCAACAAAAAACAAAGAAUAAUUAAUAAUAAUUAAAUAAAGAAUAAAGAAAUUUACUAAAUUAUGAUUAUCAUCAUUAUUCUUAUCGAUUGAUUUGUAUAUAGUUGCAAAAAAAUAACACCUAAAAAUGAUGAUGAAGAAAGCGAUGAUUGUUUAAAUUUCACGACGAUUAUUAACUUAAUAAUUGGCGUCCUUGCCGGCAAUGGCGGCGGCGUUAUCUUGUCGCCCGCACGGCCAGUGUGUGUUGUAAUACGGCAGGCGCCGAUUCGUUUAAAGUAAGUACUGAGUACCAAAUUGAUGAUAAACAAAGCAAACAAAAUGGUUAAAUAAUUUUUAAAUGAGACACCGACGAUGGGUGAGACGUAUUGAAACAAGCAAACACACUACCGAAAAUAGAUGAUUAUUAAAUAAUUAUGUGAAGCAAAUGUGAGACGAAAAAUAAGAAAUACAUAUACGAGUAUGGCGCCAUAACGCGAAACCAAACCAAAAAAAAAACGGGGUAAAUAAGUGAAUAAAACACACACACACACAAUUUAAGAACCGAGAAAAUUUAGAGAUGAAUCAUUUCGGCCGAUGAAACUUACGUUACGGUUUUCAGUUUCUCGAUAAUUAGCGAAUGAAUGAAUGAGAACUAAGUAAAUAAGAAAAAUAAUACAAACAAAACCAAAUGCAGCCCAAUUCGCAUCUAUAUUGUACCUAGGCGCAUAAUUUGCAUAAAUAAAUAUUAAAUAAUUACUAA